UCCGUGCGCCGCGGGGAACGGGGUUGGUGGGCCUCUGGCGGGGGCUGCCCGUCGGCGCCGGGAGAAGAGGAGGUGACCACCUGCAUGAUAGACUAGCUAAAAUAACCAGGAUGCACUUCCAAUGGGACUGGCUGUGUUUGGGUAUCCUGAUAAUUAGCUCAGUGACUGCAGAAAUUGAAAAUGAAGAAACUCUGAAUGCAGAUGUUGAAGUUGAGGAUUUUGACAAGCAGUCUCAAGAAGCUGAUGUUGACAGAGAUGAAUCUUUCUUAGAGGUUGUAUACCAGACUCCAAAGCCAACUGGGGAAGUGUAUUUUACAGAAACCUUCGAUGGAGUAUUGGCUGGAUGGGUGUUGUCUAAGACUAAGAAAGAAGACACAGAUGAUAACAUUGCUAAAUAUGAUGGAAGAUGGGAAGUAGAAGAGCUGAAGGAAAACACAAUGUCUGGAGACAGAGGAUUAGUGUUAAAAUCAGUGGCUAAGCAUCAUGCAAUAUCAGCUAUGCUAACAAAAGCAUUUAUUUUUGAUAAUAAGCCUUUGAUUGUUCAAUACGAAGUGAAUUUUCAAGAAGGCAUUGACUGUGGUGGUGCAUAUAUUAAACUGCUCUCCAGUAGCGAUGACUUGAAUCUGGAAUACUUUUUUGACAAAACACCUUAUACUAUUAUGUUUGGACCAGAUAAAUGUGGAGAAGAUUACAAACUACACUUUAUCUUCAGACAUAAGAAUCCUAAAACUGGAGAAUAUGAAGAAAAACAUGCAAAACGUCCUGAUGUAGACCUAAAAAAAUUCUAUUUGGACAAGAAGACGCAUCUGUACACUCUCGUGCUAAAACCAGAUGAUACAUUUGAAAUGUUAAUUGACCAAGUGGUUGUAAGUAAAGGAAGUCUUCUUGAGGAUAUGGUUCCUCCUGUAAACCCUCCUAAAGAAAUAGAGGAUCCUAGUGAUAAGAAACCUGAGGACUGGGAUGAGAGACCAAGAAUACCUGAUCCAAAUGCUGUCAAACCAGAUGACUGGGAUGAAAAUGAGCCUUCCAAAAUAGAAGAUCCUGAUGCUGUUAAGCCUGAGGGUUGGCUUGAUGAUGAACCACAGUAUGUUCCAGACCCUAAUGCAAGAAAACCAAAGGACUGGGAUGAAGAAAUGGAUGGGGAGUGGGAAGCCCCUCAGAUCCUUAAUCCAAAGUGUGAGGCUGCACCUGGUUGUGGAGACUGGGUGCGUCCCAUGAAGAAUAACCCAAACUAUAAAGGAAAAUGGAAAGCACCUAUGAUAGAUAAUCCUAACUACCAGGGAAUCUGGAGUCCUCGGAAAAUACCAAACCCCUACUAUUUUGAAGAUCUUCAUCCUUUCAAGAUGACCACUGUCAGUGCUAUUGGUUUAGAGCUCUGGUCUAUAACAUCUGAUAUCUACUUUGAUAACUUCAUUAUAUGUUCAGAAAAAGAAGUAGCAGAUCGUUGGGCAGCAGAUGGCUGGGGCUUGAAGAAGUUAGUAGCAAGUGCUAAUGAGCCUGGUAUGUUUAGUCAACUGGUGACUGCUGCAGAGGACCACCCAUGGCUAUGGGUUCUUUACAUCUUGACUUUAGCUCUCCCUGUUGGUCUAGGUCUGUUGUUCUGCUGGCCAGCAAAGAAAACAGAUGAAGAUAUUGACUUCAAAAAAUCUCGUAUAUCUAAGCCAAUUACAAAGGAAGAAUUAAUACAGGAGAGAGAUGAGUUAGAGGAUGAUGACAUAGAUGUAGAAGAGGAAAAAGAAAACGAAGAUACUGCUGAAGAUGAAGAUGAAGGUGCUGAAGAUAUUGAUGAUGAUGAAGAAGAAAAUGAAGUUGCAGAUGAAAAUCAAGAAGGUGGUGAUAAGUCAAAUAAAUCUGGUUCAGAAGAUGAGAUGAAAGAAGCUGAUGAAAGCACAGGCUCUGGAGAUGGUUCACUGAAAUCAGUGCGCAAAAGAAGAGUACGAAAGGACUGACUUUCAGAUAGUAUUUGCAGUUUAGAUAAUAGUAACUUCUGAUAGGGCACUUCAGUGGGUCUGACAGCGUUCAGGUUUCUAGGACUUCAAGGAAAAAGGGGGACUCACUGUUACUUAUCUUAAUUCUCUUAAUAUCUUUUAACCUUCCAAAACUCUCUUGAUUCCCUCUUUUUAGGGAGAAAUACUAUCUGCGAGGAGUUAGCUGAUGUUUCAGAUUUGGAAUAGAAAUGAAAUUAGAAGUUGGCCAACUGAUUUUUAAGUGAAGAUUCUUAAGAUUUGAAGAUUCGUAGAUAUUGGUAUUAGUUGGAGAUAAACUUCCUCUAAAUAUUUUUUUAAAUUGAUAAAUUAUAGUAAUUUUGCAGCUCUAGCACAAAAUUAGCUGUUUACACUUUUCAGCUAAAAGAGGAUGAUAGUAUAGAUGUAGCAUCUAUAGCAGUUCACAUUGCUAUGAGAAGGUAUUUUUUGUGCAGAGCUAAAUGCAAUAAUUUGUUUUGUAUGAUGA